UGCUUUGCUUUGCUUUAUUACAUGUUGAUGGUUCAUAUUUUACUAGUCAAACUUGCCAAAAAUGUAAUAAGUCCAAGUUAGUGGGCUACUAUAAAGAUCAUAACUAAUUGAGUAUUGUUAUUAGGCACUAAUAGUGUCUAGCACUAUGACGCUCUGCGAUUAAUUAACGAUAUUUUUUAAAAUUAUUAUAUUAAAUUAUGUGGGAUCCGAUACUUAAUUGAACUAAUAAUAGUAUGACAACAAUAAAGUGCUAGACACCAUUAGUGAUUUUUAAUAUUUCUCUAACUAAUUGUUGUAAAACCUUACAUAAAUAAUCACAUAUUAGUAUUAAUAAUGCUCAACACUAUUAUAUAUUAGAGUCUUUGUCAAUUAUUAUUAGUAAUUUUUUAAAAUAAAUUAUUAAAUUAAAAUAUAGAAAAAUCAAUACUUAAUUACAUUAAAAACACCAUAAAUAACUUUUAGCAUUUUUUUCAUAAAUAAUUGUCAAUGAUAAACUACAAUCAAUUACUACUACUACUAAUCAUUUAUUCACAAUUAUUAGCCUAAUUGAUGAAGUUAAGGUCAUCUUGAAUCCUUUAUAAUAGCAAAUCAAUCCCAAAAACAAGUACAAAAUUUCUUUUAAAGACAUUAAAAGCACCAUUAAAGAGAGCAUAUAUUGAGGAAUGGUGUGUGUGAAACUGUGAAAUGACAUUGCUUUAUAGUCAAGCAAGGUGAACUAUCAAAUCAAUUAUGUAAUUAAGAAACCACCAUGACCAUGUUCAUGCAAAAAUACCUAAUUACGAAAAGUUGACCAAAACCCACUUUAGCUAAUGCUUAAGCAACAUAUAUAAAUAUAUUUGUAUUAUUCAAUAAAGUGAUUUAACCUAAACUUUAGGCUCAACUCCACCCUUCUCCCCACUUCACAAACUUUAAUACACGCUUCUUAUUAUGCCUCAAAUUGCAUAAUACUAGCCUUAUUUUGAGGAAAAAUAAUACCCCAAAAGAGAAAAACACCCAAAUGAGAAAACUUUAAUGAUGUUUAUCUUUUCAUAUAGAAGGAAAAAAAGUCAAAAUCUUUCUUAGUCUCAAAACUUCAUUUCAUAUAAGAAAUAAAGGGUUUUCUCUCAUUUUUUUGAAAGCCAUACCCAAACCCAAACCUCUCUCAAAAGAAAGAAAACACACAUUAUUUUUCUUUCUAAGCCUUUUUCUCUAAAUUAGAAUGCAAAACCAAAUGGUACUAAGAAACAACAAAACGACAGAUCGUCGAGGCUUCAUACUCUACUCCUUGUUCUUCAUUUGUUGUCUUUGUGCUUUGGCUUCGAUUAAUGAAGUUCGUUUCGAUAAGUACCUCUUAAAAUUAGGUCGUUGUCCUCAACAGAACGACACCAACCAUUCUAUGUCGUUUAACAACAACAACUCUUCAGACAAAGAAGAUAACAAAAACGACGAAAUUCGCAUACUCAUAGGGAUAUUGACUCUACCUGACCAAUACCAUCGCCGCCACUUCCUCCGCCUAAUCUAUGGCACACAAUCACAACCGGCUGGAGCCAGAAUCGAUGUCAAAUUCGUCUUUUGCAACCUAACAAAAGAAGACCAAAAAGUCCUAGUAGCAUUGGAAAUAAUGAGACACGACGACAUCAUAAUCCUCGAUUGUAAAGAGAACAUGAACAAAGGUAAAACCUACACUUACUUCUCUAGUUUACCCGAAAUGUUAAACGACACAACAAACAAAGAUUACCCUCCUUACCAUUAUGUCAUGAAAGCCGACGACGACACUUAUUUUCGACUCGAAAACUUAGUGGAUUCACUUAGAGGUGCAUCAAAAGAAGACUUGUACUAUGGUUAUGUGAUCCCUUGUCCUAGUAUGGACCCUUUUAAGCAUUACAUGUCAGGAAUGGGAUACAUGGUUUCAUGGGAUAUAGUUGAAUGGAUUAGGGAAUCUGAGAUUCCUAGGAAUCACUUAGAAGGGCCUGAAGAUAAGACUUUUGGUGAUUGGAUUAAAGAAGGGCAUAGAGGUAAAAAUAGAAUUAAUGCUAAAUGGUCAAUGUACAAUUAUCCAGAGCCAAGAACUGGGUGUACACAUGAACUUUGGCCUAAUACUAUUGCUGUUCAUUUGUUGAAGAAUCAAGAAAAGUGGAUUAGGACACUUAAUUAUUUUAAUGUUACUCGUGAUUUAAAGCCUUCUAAGCUAUAUCAUAUACCUUAAUUAUUAGUACUAUAUAUAUAAAAAUAUACAAUUUGUUUAUUUUGUUUUUUUUUUCUUUCAUUGUUAUUAAUUAUUAAUUUGAUGGGAACUAUAUUUGUUAUACAAAAUUGAAUUUUGGUCAUUAUAAUUCAUUGUUUUGCCAAUUUGAUCUCUCUUCUCUCUCUCUUUUCUAUUAGUAAGAAAGUGGAAUAUUGAUUUUUUGAUUUAUUUAUAAGAAUAUUUUCUUCAAUUGUAUGUUAAUUUUAAAAAUAUCUCAUAAAUUAUGAGUUGAAUACAUAUUUUGUUUAGGAAAAAAGAUGAAUUUUAAUUUGUUGAUUA